GGCGGGGCGAGGGCGGACAUUUCAAGUUGCUAUAGACGCCGAGCAGCGGCGAUAGCGGGACUGGUGGCCGGGGAUGGUCGGGGUUUGGCGGCUAUAGCCGGUAUGGAACUCGACGGCGAAUUUAAGAAGGCAGCACAGUACCUAUGGCAGACUCGUCGAGUGACUCCGACACAUCGCUGCAUAAUCUCUCCAGGAGGCGACGUUCACUGAACCUGACAGCGAGGGGAAGGAGCAGGUUGCACCAUGCUGCUCGAGUCACUGAAAAGAUUGACACAUUAGCAAACACUUUACAGGACACCAGUCGAGACCUGAAGGCUGUGGAUCGGAUGCUGGGACGGUACAGGGGCUAUACCAAUGAACAAAUGGAGGCAGUGGCACAGCUGCGAGAUAAUUUAGAACAAUCCAUUGAUGAACUGCGAAGCCAGCGAUUGAGCAGAAAUGCUGGAAUAGCUCCUCUUCGUGCAAGUGAUCUGCAAAGUGACUCAGCUGCAGUAGGUCAUCGAUACCGCCCUACCUCGCCCCUCAGGGACCCUGGAAGUUACGCAAAAUCAAGUCUCAGAAGGUCUAGAUCUGCCUCUGUGAGAUUUGUAGAUGAGACUGAGCCACUGAAUCAUGUGCACUCCUUGCAUCAGUCACUAAGGGACCUCAGCAGUGAUCAGCUACGGCUUGGAGAAGAAGUUGACCAGGAAAUAGCUAGGAGAAAUAGGGCUGAUAAGGAAAUGAGGACUGCUAUCAAUUCAUUGUCAGAGAGAGUGCAAGAAGCUUCCAGAAAAGAGACUGUGUCAGAAAGGGUUGAGAGGCGCCUUCAAGAAAUUGAAAAGGAAAUGAGAACUGAGCGACAAUUAACAGAACAACGCCAGGAUCAGCUAGGGCAGAUAGCAGUGCAACUGCAGGAGGAGUUAAAGAAACGUGAUAAGAUUGACGAAGUGGAGGGGAUGAAGAGUAAACUUUCAAAAUCUCAAGAGGAGAAGUUCCUGAUUGAGCAAGAGCUCAGCCGCACACGACGGAGGCUGGACCAAUCAGAAGGAAGUCGGGAAAUACUGGCUAGUCAGAUAGAUGAUUUGCGCGAUCAACUGUUGAAGACUGAACAGGAACGAGUAACUUUGCAGCACAGCCUCUUGCAAUCACAGCAGAAAGGUUAUCGUGAAAAAGAUGAGGAUGACAGACUGACUCAAGCAGUGGCUGCAAGAUCCGAGCUUGAGAAGCAGGUGCUGGAAAAGCAGAUUUUGGAGCUCAGGGCACAGCUGAAUGAAGAUGCUAUCCGGUCUGAAGUAGGAGAGCUGAAACAAUCGCUUGAGAGAAAAGAGAAACAGAAAAUGGAACUGUCUGCACAGGUUGAGGUUCUCAGCUCAGACCUGGCGAAGAGAGAGAAACAACAGCUGAGGAUGUUGAACCAACUUCAAGAAAUCCAGAAAUGUUAUGAAGACUGCAUGCAAGAUCGUAAAUCUACAGGUUUGGAAAUUGCGGACUUAUCCCGUCAAUUAAAAGAGUCUAAUGAAGAGGCUGAAAGAUUCAGGACUCAGUGGAAAGAGGUCGAACUCCUUCGACAGGAGAGUGAAAAGAGGAGGGAUGAAUUGAAGAUAAAGGCUCAGGAGUCCAUCAGACAGUGGAAAGUGAAAUGCAAGAAAUUGGAGCGUGACGUGGAGAGGCAGAAGGAGGCUGUCGAUCAGUGGAUGGAACAGCAUAACCGUGUGAGUAAAGAGAAAGAUGCGCUCCAGGGGCAACACGAUGCCUCCUUGCAGCAGAUGGAGAGCCUCCGUAGGGAGCUCAAUGAUAUCAUCUUGAAACGAGUGCAGCAGGAAGAGGACAUCCGAAGGAAGGACGUGGAGCUCAAUGAGCUGAAGUCGAGGCUGCUGCACCUGGACGGUGAACUGCGGGAUGCCAGGGAGUGUGUACGCAAGCUGGGUGCCGACGUGCAUGAGGAGUGCAUGUUGCACACUAAGGCCAAAGAGGAGAAGCAGCAGCUCGUGGAGGAACUGAUGAUGCUGAAGGAUCAGCAUGAGAGAGGCCAGGAGAAGCUCUUGGAAAUGCAGCAAACAAUCACCGAGCUGAAUACCAUUCGAUCUGAGCUCAGUGCUAAACUGACUCAAGAAGAGAGCUCUAAGAAGGAGAUUAAGAAGAGACUCUCAGAAUCCCAAGUGAGGCAUACCCUGGCCCGGGAAGAGAUUGAUUCCUUCAGCAACCAGCUGAAGUUGGAGAAGGAUGCUCACAAAAAGGAACUUGCGGAUGUCAAAUCAGAGAUGCAGAGUCUAAGAAAUAAGCAUGAGAAGAAAAUGCAGGAAGUACUUAAGCAAGUUCAAGAAGAACAGGAUAAACUAGAAAAUACCAUCAGUGCAUUAAAGGCUGAACAAGCAGAAGAGAGGAACUUCGCAAAAGCUCAGCGGCGCCAAGUGGAAAAGAUGAAAACAGAAUGCAAUAAACUCGCAGAAGAGCUCAUUCAGGGCGAGGCAGAAAACACCAAACUCAGGAGGAAAUACCUCACACUGAAGCAAGAACUGGAAGCAAAGGGUAAGCUGGCAGUUAACGAUGAAGAGUGUGCAAGACAACUAGAGCAAAUGACAUUUCAGCUAAAAGAUCAGAUCACAAAGGUGCAGACAGAGCAAGAGAUGAUCCUUUGUGCUAUUGGAAAAGAAAUUGAGAUUGCGUGCGAUUUCCUCUCCAGGGGUGCUAGUGACAACUUCAAAGCAAUAACGCUUACACCUGGAUUAGAAAAUGAUCCCCAUCGCUGGCUGGCUGAAAUGAAAACCAAGCUACAGUGGCUGUGUGAGGAAGUGAAGGAGCGCGAUGGACGGGAGCUCAAGCUGCGAUCGCAUCUCCGGCAGUGUCGAGGACAGCUGAAGGAGCUCAUGCAGAGCAAGGAGUCAGAGACCGAGCUUUUCAUAGAGCAAAUCACAAAGCAAGAGCAUCUCCUGGAGGAGAUUCACAGGGAGAAAAGAGAAUUAUUGCAAAAGAUGUGUCGAAAGGAUGAAGAGAUGAGAACAUUGCAGGAUCGGAUCGCAGAUUUGGAAACAGGCACACAAGUGACACUGGACCAUUUUGAAUCAGUACCAGAGAGACUGAGUACGUUGGACAGCAUCUGGGAUCUGGAGAGUUCCCAGCAUCACCGGGAUAUGAUAGAAGAACGGUACACAAAGUACAAAGAGAUAGUCACCUCCUUGCAACAGCAGUUGCAAGACUCAACAAGGAGAAUCCAGGCACACCAGGUGGAAGAGUCAGAUGCAGGCUUGGGGACUGAACGAUUGGAGGAUACAUCUGCCACAUUAAGUGACCAGAAUGAUUUCCCUUCCUUCUCUUUGACUGCAGGCAUGUGCUCAUCAAGUGGCAGCAGCAACAGGCGAAGAAACCAGCCUCCUGGAACCACAGAAGCAAAUGGAAUACGAGAAUUCGGCAGGCCCACGAGUGGAAGAAAGUCUCCCGCAGAAAAGGACAAGUAUUAGGCCAUAAAACCAAUUGGAUCAACGAAUGAGGUACAAUCACCAGUUCUUACUGGGGAAUGGAAGAGGACUAAACUGCUUUGGAUCGAGGAGUGAAAUUCACAGAAGCUUUGGCCAUUUUCAGAAGAUGAUAAUUAGAAUCUGUGCCAAGCCAAAGCUAUGUUUGCACCUAUCUCGACGGUCAGAAUUCCUGAAUCUAUUUGUUGGUUACUCUUCUGAGAAGGAACCUGCAGCUGACACCCUGAGCUGAGCAAGGAGAGUAUCCCAGAUGCUAUGCAGCCCACCAAAAAGCCUGGUACAAGACUGUCAACAUGUAAAUCUACUGAGGGACACAGAGAUGGCAGAACAGUUCUGCUGCUGGACACCAAAUGUUCAAACAAGCUUGAAAGAGAAGAUUAUAACUGAAUAAUAUAGUUGUUGACAUCCAUUGGUUAAAUAGUGGGAUCUCUGUACUGGCCUACAGAGACUAAAGCCAUAAAUUGACUUUCUAUUGGUGAUUGGUGAAGUGCCUUGAAUAACACUGAAUCUAGAGACCGUGAAUUAAGGAGGCCUCUUUUUACAUAUAGUCAGUGUCUUCCUUACAGCAUUUCCUGCACUGGCAGUGCUCGAGUGCUUUCUACGUAGUUGAAAUUGUUGUUAACUUUUGUUGUUUCCAAGUCAGUGAUUGAAUCUUUUUAAGCAAGUAUCUCUCCUUGGGGAUUUUGUAAAUGCUGGAAAUUUGGAUCAAUGCACACAAAAUGCUGGAAAUUUGGAUCAAUGCACACAAAAUGCUGGAGGCUCUCAACAGUCAAACAGCAUCUAUGGUCGACAUUUCAGCCUGAGACCCUUAACCGGGACACAGGUUCCCUCCCAGUUUCUUACUUUAUUCCCCCUCACCUGGUCUCACCUAUCACCUUCCAGCUUGUACUCCUAUCCCUCUCAUCGCCUUCUUAUUUCUGGCUUCUAUGCCAUUCCUUUCCAAUUCCGAUUUAGGAUCUUGGCCUGAAACAUCAACUGUUUACUCCUCUCCAUAUUUGACGCAUGGCCUGGUGAGUUCCUCCAACAUUUUGUACGUGUGGAUCACUCCAUAGUAUAUUUGGAAGCAAACUGGAAAUUCUAAACCUGGGCACCUUUUCCUACCCAAACCCUCCUGUCCAUCUUUUGCUGUGGCUCAGACCAGCACUAAAAAUCAUUACAGGGCCGGUGACUCAGACUGAUUCAAACCCUGCAGGAGGAUAGCGGAUUCCCCACCAAGAGAUGUCACAGACCAUAAGAUAUAAGGCAGAAGUUGGUAUCUGUCCAUUAUGAAACCAUCAACACUCUCAUUGAGUGUACGCCAGACUGUUAGACAUAGGAAGUUGUUCCUUUCCUUGCCUUUAUUUCACCAGCAACACUUGGUCUCAGUGAGUAACCUCUGACCAAUCAGGGAUCAAAUGUUUACUCCAUGUUACUGGUCACGUAUGUUGUCAAGGGUUUUGUAGUAGUACAGACAGCUUACAGUUGCAAACUCCUGGUUCCUCAUGCACUGUAAACUUUAGAAGUUUUGCUGUCUUUCCAUUCUUCCUUUCCAGGUUAUUGAAUUCUUUGUGCAAACAUAUUUCUCCAGAUUAUGAGCUCUCUCCACCACCAAAAUCUGAAGAGACACCUUUUUCCAUUCUCUUCUCUGGUGCUAUGUUACAUAGCUUUCCCAUCCCUAACUUCCAGAGAAGAUGUUAAACCAAGGUCCUGGCUCUUAGGCAGUUGUUAAAGACCUUUACAACAGUCUCUGGAGAAGAGCUAGGAAUUGUUCCCAUCUCCUGAUCAGCAUUCGUUCUUUGUGCUUCCUGAAAACAGGUUAAGGAGUUAUGUGUGUGUGUGUGUGUGUGCCUGGUGCAGACGAGUUAUGUACAUGCUGCUAUAGCCUCAGCUCUUAACGUAACUUAUGCCAAAUGCUUUGAAACAUUUCAGCUUGAUUAGACAGUAUAUAAAUGCAAAUGUCUUUAAUUGCCACAUAAUUUGCAUCUUGCAUAGCUGCAUAAAUGAGCUAAACCUCGCUCAGCGUUUAAAGACUCCAGGUGCACAGCAAUAUAAGUGUGUUUUAUCUUUCAUUGGUAGUGACUGGAUACCCUGAUCGUCGUGUGUAAAUCUUCACGAAUUAAUUUGAAUUGAGCUGUAUUAUUGCACUCGUGUCUUACAAUACAUAGGCUUACUAUUUGAAUAAGAUCAUUGCACAGACUGAUUUAGUAAUUGUUGUAAACCUGUUUAAAACAUUACGAUGAAAAGACUUUACAAUUUAAAUAAAUUCU